AUGGCUGUGAUCGCUUCUGAGCGUGGCCGGGCACUAUCCGCAGCCCCAGAGCAGGAAUUCAGCACCGAAGGGCUGCCCCGGGCCUUUCUGCAGAGCCUGCGUACCCUCUUCGACAUUCUGGACGAUCGACGGCGGGGCUACGUCCACCUCUUGGAGAUUGAGUCCCGAUGGCAAGGAGCGGACACGCGAGAGCUCCCAAGGGGUGUGCUGGAAGGUUUGAGGAAGGUUGCCCCUGCCAGCGGGUAUCUAACCUUCGAGAGGUUUGUAGUAGGGCUGAGGACUUCGCUGUUGAAUGCUGAGAAUGGGGCCCCCCAUGCCAGAGCCCCGCUGGGGUCCCGGGGCCAGGCAUACCAACACCACCAGCGACUCAUCUUCACACCCGCAGACGAGCCCCGGACGCUGCUGGAGAAAAAACCUUUGUCUUUGGGAGUUCGAUAUCCCCACGCGGGAUCGAGCUGCUCCUCCCGUAGCUUGGAGAAGCUCUCCAGCCCUCAGGAAGCUGGGUGUUACCCGGGGGAUUUGGAGCGGCCCAAGAGCCAGGCUCCUCAGAGCCCCGGAGGACAGAUUCUGGAGCGAAGUCUGAGUGGAGAUGCAGGUGGGUCUGGGAGGCACCCAAGGGGCCGGGGAGAGCAGCGGCGGCAUACUAUCACCAAUGGAGUGGACUAUGACAUGCUAAAGCAGAUGAAGGAGCUGGAACAGGAGAAAGAUGCACUCCUACAAGGCUUGGAGAUGAUGGAUCGAGGAAGGGACUGGUAUCACCAACAGCUCCACUGGGUACAGGAGCGACAACGCCACUUAACCAAGAACAAGAAGAACACAGAUUUCGGGGCUGAGGGGAGCCCUAGUCCACUGGGCCAGCUGUUGCCCAAACUACAGGAAGUUAUUCGGUGCCUGGGGGAGCUCUUAGCUGCUGCCUGUGCUGGAAGGGUGAGUGCUCCCUCCUUCCCUGUCUCUUCCAUCCCCUCCAUAUCCCCCAUCUCUGGGAGACAUCAACAGACCAUCCUCAUGCUGAAGGAACAAAAUCGUCUUCUAACAAAGGAAGUAACAGAUAAGAGUGAGCGGAUCACACAGCUAGAGCAAGAGAAGUCGGCCCUCAUCAAGCAACUGUUUGAGGCUCGAGCUCGAAGCCAUCAGGAAACCAGCCAGCUGGACUCCACCUUCAUCUAACUGCUCUGACAAGAAUGCGGACUUCAUGGACAGCCCUUGCCCUUGUGGUGGGCAUAGAAUCUUUUCAUAGCCCCUGACCCAACAUAGACACACUCUGGGCAUCCUUUGCCUUGGUAUGGGCACACAUUCAGCAGACUGCUUCUGCCAUGGGCAGAGAUUCUGGCAAUCCUAGAAGACAUACGGUCCUUCUCUGACCACUGAGCUUCCAUCCAUAACUAAGGCAGGAGGACUUUCCCAUCUAGGCUCUGGGGAAAAAAUAUCUUUUAGGAUAGCUUCCAUAGCCAUCCCUGGCAGGAAGGGAAUUUCCCCCAGCCAGUCUCAUCUCCCUCUCUCUACUUCCCCCUUCCUCCUUUGGUGAGUAAAACCCUGAAUGGAACUCAUGUCCCUCCUUCUUGCUACAUGAGUGAACUAGGCCAAGUCAUUCCAUUUUCCUGGGUUUCUGUUUUCUCUUUUGUAGAAAGAAGGAGCUGGACCAGAUAACCUCAUAAUAUCUGUUCUAGUCCUUAUGAUACAAGGUCUUGAGCUGGGUCGUUUUCUCAGUGCCUCUCACCUAACCUGGUCUAUUCUCUUCCAGGUAGGGGCUGGCUCCCAGAAGAAGAUAAGCUGCUAGGUGUAGCUCUGAGAUAGGGGCAUCCCCUUCCCAGGGUUAGAGUCCUUGGGUCUUGGCAUCUUGUACCCUUACCCCAACUAGCCAUUCCUGGGUUAAUAGCCAAGGGGAUGAGAAUGAACUGGAAAGGCCAUUCUCUCCUGGGGAAUGGGAUAUGGUCAAAACUCAUCCUCUUUCCCCAGCCACUCGUGGAAGUGUUUACAUUAAAAAUUCUGGAGUCUCUUAGGUAAGAAUGGAUUUUUAUAUGGUUUAUUGCCCCAACCCCAGGAAUGUGUACAGCUGCUAUCUCUCUAGUAAAAAUAC